AUGGGAGGUAGAAUACAUGGGUUCCUCGGUGGGGUAUUAUUAACAUCAGCAUUGACAUACUAUACAGCCCAAACAUUCCACCACAACCAACAAUUUAUCUCGCAACAUUUACAACAAUCCAACAACAUCAUCAAUAAUCGAAUCUUGACUGACUCUGAGUAUAGAAACACUGCUUUGCCCAAUAACCACAUUACUUUGAAGCAAAGAGUCAGUUUUGGGGAAACUUGUAAAGACAUAUGGAAUGACGAGAUUAUCAAGAUGGUUAAUUGGAUAUAUGGUAUAAAUUGGUACAAGUUGGGAGUUAAAUUGGAUAGUGAAGCUAAUAAAUUAACAGACAAGAUUGCCGAACUGUUGGUGAAUAAGAAGUAA